CCUCCCUCGCCUCCAGGUCACCGGCCGGCGAACCCACCAGCAGGCACUACCCGGCUGGGCGACGCCGUGCCUGCUCCCGGCACAGCUCUGCGGAGAAGUUGCUCCGCGCACGGGCGAGGCCCUGCGACCUUCCCCUCGGCGCGGGGCUGGCGCAGACCUGGCGCAUCCGCGGGGCUCCGACGGCCAGCUGCCCCGCGCCCAGCGUCCGGGGCAGGGGAGGAGGCGACAUGGCAGCGCGUGUCGGCCUCCUGCUGCGCACCCUGCCGCUGCUGCUGUGGGGCGGCCUGGACGCCCAGCUCGCCCAGCGCGUUGGACAGGAGCUGCGCAGGGAGGCGGAGGCGUUUCUGGAGAAGUAUGGAUAUCUCAAUGAACAGGGCCCCCAAAGUCCCACCUCCUCCUUGCGAUUCAGCAAGGCCAUCAGGGAGUUCCAGUGGGUGUCCCAGCUGCCCAUCAGCGGCGUGCUGGACCCAGCCACCCUGCGCCAGAUGAUGCGGCCCCGCUGCGGGGUGGCAGAUACCAACAGCCAGUCACCCUGGACCGAGAGAGCCAGUGCCCUAUUUGCUGGACACCAGGCCAAAAUGAGGCGUAAGAAACGCUUUGCGAGGCAAGGCACCAAGUGGUACAAGCAGCAUCUCUCCUACCGCUUGGUGAACUGGCCUCAGCACCUGCCCGAGCCAGCAGUUCGGGGCGCUGUGCAUGCCGCCUUCCAGCUGUGGAGCAACGUCUCAGCGCUGGAGUUCUGGGAGGCCCCAGCCACAGGCCCCGCUGACAUCCGCCUCACCUUCUUCCAAGGGGACCACAACGACGGGCUGAGCAACGCCUUCGACGGCCCAGGGGGCGCUCUGGCGCACGCCUUCCUGCCCCGGCGAGGCGAAGCGCACUUCGACCGAGACGAGCGCUGGUCCCUAAGCCGCCGCCGAGGGCGCAACCUGUUUGUGGUGCUGGCACACGAGAUCGGCCACACGCUCGGCCUGACCCACUCGGCCGCGCCACGCGCGCUCAUGGCGCCCUACUACAAGAGGCUGGGCCGCGACGCGCUGCUCAGCUGGGACGACGUGCUGGCGGUGCAGAACCUGUACGGGAAGCCCCAGGGGGGCUCAGUGGCCACCCAGCUCCCCGGAAAGCUGUUUACUGACUUUGAGGCCUGGGACCCCCACAGACUCCAGGAAAGACUUCCUGAAACCCCGGGUCCUAAAUAUUGCCACUCUUCCUUCGACGCCGUCACUGUAGACCGGCAACAGCGAUUGUACGUUUUUCAAGGGAACCAGUUCUGGGAGGUGGCCGCCGACGGCAACGUCUCAGAGCCCCGCCCACUCCAGGAAAGGUGGGCGGGGCUGCCGCCCCACAUUGAGGCUGCAGCGGUGUCCCUGGAGGAGGGAGACUUCUACUUCUUCAAAGGGAGUCGCUGCUGGAGGUUCCGGGGCCCCAAGCCAGUGUGGGGCUCCCCGAAGCUGUGCCGGGCAGGGGGCCUGCCCCGCCACCCUGACACAGCCCUCUUCUUCCCUCCUCUGAACCGCCUCAUCCUCUUCAAAGGCGCCCGCUACUACGUGCUGGCCCCAGGCGGACUGCAGGUGGAGCCCUACUACCCCCGAGGCCUGAAGGACUGGGGGGGUGUCCCUGAGGAGGUCACGGGCGCUCUGCCCAGGCCUGACGGCUCCAUCAUCUUCUUCAGAGACGACCGCUACUGGCGCCUUGACCAGAACAAACUUCAGGCAACUGUCUCGGGCCGCUGGGCCACAGAGCUGCCCUGGAUGGGCUGCUGGCACGCCAACUCUGGGGGCGCCCUGUUCUGAAGAUGCCCCCCCACCUCAAAGUGAAUGGCUGGUGCCUUCACCAUCAACUUGUGUCCCCUGCCCCAAGGGUGGACUCUGGAAGCCUCUGAGCCUCCCUGCAGAAGCCCAGGCAGGCAAGUUUCUCUGCAUUUGUUCCCUGGA